AUGGAUGGAGGAGGGACUGGAGUGAUGCUUAAACAGACUUUAGGAGGUGUCCUUAGAGUGUCUACAUCGGAUGAAGCAGAGAUUUCCAUGUUGGGUAGGGAUUCGACGGAACCCGUGGAUUGUAACGGGACGGGGACACCCGCCUUUAUACAGUUAGAGACAAAAUUGUCUAUUUUUGAAACAGGAAUUAAAGUAGUAGACCUUUUAGCUCCUUAUCGCCGUGGAGGAAAAAUCGGACUAUUCGGGGGGGCUGGAGUGGGUAAAACGGUCCUAAUUAUGGAAUUGAUCAACAACAUUGCCAAAGCUCAUGGAGGUGUAUCCGUCUUUGGCGGAGUGGGUGAACGUACGCGUGAAGGAAAUGAUCUUUACAUGGAAAUGAAAGAAUUUGGCGGGGACAGGGGUUAA